AUGCAGACACUCCAGUUUCUUUUUAUGAAUUGGAUGUCUGGUGCCCUGUUGAAGUGCGAGUUCUUUACUGACUCAAUGCUGAGAAAUAUUUCUGAAAACUUUUAUGUCAUUGAAGAGGAAAAUUCUUACUCAGUUGCUAACAGUGUGACUGAAAACACUGACUCUCGAAGUUCAACCUGGGAAAAGCAACCCGUUGGAACUGGGUACAAUAUGCCUUCCUUUGACAUGGCACUAGUGAUUUCCAGGCACCAUGCUUGGAGCCACUUCUCCAAUUACUGUAUGUCUCGUGCCACUGCACAGAUGCAGGCAGGAAGUGAAGUGCUGGAUUUCACCAGAGUUGUAGUUAACUCAGAUGAAGUAAGAGCAGCGGGGAAGUCCAAGAGAGGAGCUAUUCUUUUGCCAGGAGGGAGAGGAAAAGAAGUUUGCUAUGAAAGGUUAGGAUGCUUUAGAGAUGGUUUACCAUUGACUAGGAUCUUUUCACGAAAGUUGACAAGUUUACCCUGGCCUCCAGAGAAGAUAAAUACUCGCUUUCUGCUCUAUACUAUACAUAAUCCCAAGGUUUAUCAGGAGAUCAGUGCAGUUAAUUAUUUAACUAUCCAAACCUCACAUUUUGGAACAGACAAGAUCACCCGGAUUAACAUCCCCGGAUGGAAUACAAAUGGCAAAUGGCAGAGAGACAUGUGCAAUGUGCUGUUACAAGCAGAAGAUAUAAACUGCAUUAAUUUAGACUGGAUUAAUGGUUCACUGAAAUACAUCCAUGCUGUAAACAAUCUUCGUGUUGCUGGUGCUGAGGUGGCUUAUUUUAUUGAUGUUUUAAUGAAAAAAUUUGGAUAUUCCCCUUCUAAAGUACACUUGAUUGGCCAUAGCGUGGGAGCACAUCUGGCUGGGGAUGCUGGUUCAAGAAUCCCAGGCCUUGGAAGAAUAACUGGGUUGGACCCAGCUGGGCCAUUUUUCCACAACUCUCCAAAAGAAUUCAGGUUAGACCCCUCUGAUGCCAGCUUUGUUGAUGUUAUCCAUACAAAUGCAGUUCCCAUCUUAUUUAAGCUUGGUGUUGGAGUGAUUAAUGCUUGUGGUCACCUUGACUUUUACCCAAAUGGAGGGAAAUAUAUGCCAGGAUGUGAAGAUUUAAUUAAAUUUUUAUUUAAAUUUCAUUUCAAUGAUUUUGAGGAAGAAGUGUUUUCUGUCCUUGAGUGUAACCAUGCCCGAAGUCACCGCUUUUAUAUCGAAAGCAUUCUGAAGCCGGAUGCAUUUAUUGCUUAUCCUUGUAGAUCCUACAAAUCUUUUAAAGCAGGAAAUUGCUCCCAUUGUCCCAAAGGAGGUUGCCCAACAAUGGGUCAUUUUGCUGACAGAUUUCACCUCAAAAAUAUGAAGACUGAUAGAUCAUAUUAUUUUUUAAACACAGGGUCUCUUUUCCCAUUUGCCCGUUGGCAGCACAAAUUGUCUAUUAAGCUCAGUGGAAACAAGGUGACCCAAGGGAGCAUAUUCCUCCGUAUUGGUGGGACAAUUGGGAAAACAGGGGAGACUGUGAUAUUCAGUGGAGAGCUUAAGCCAGGGAUGAUUUAUACAAAACUAAUCGAUGUGGACAUGAAUGUUGGAAACAUUACAAGUAUAGAGUUCAUUUGGAACAAACAUUUGCUCGGAUAUUCGCAGGAUAAGUUGGGAGCAGAAAUAGUGACAGAUAUAUCUGGAAAAUACGGAUAUAAAUCUACUUUCUGUAGCUGGAACAUUACAGGACCAAAUACUGUCCAGAUCCUGAAACCCUGCUAAUCACAGUCUUGAUGAAAUUAUUUAGUGAGAGCAUGGGAGAAAGUCUCUUUCCACCUGGCAUCCAGACCAGAA